AUGAAGACGUGCUCGGUUAUAGUCGUUCUCGCUGGUGCCCUAGUUGCCGGUGAACAGGCAUUAGCGGUGGAGGAAGUGUGCGCUGGCGAUCGGAUCGCCAUUCCCAAGGAUACUGAAAACUUUGAGUGUUGGACGGAACAACAGAUACAGGCGGUGGUGCAGCAAAGUGAAGCAUUGAAGCGAUUUAACGUGGAGAAACAUGUACAGUUCCUGCUUUGGACCCAGGAUACGGUGAAUGGAACCUACGAGCGGUUGGCCAUCGGGGAGCUUGACUCUUUGCGAAACGGUUCGUUCAACCCUGCCAAUCCAACGCGAAUACUGAUCCACGGUUGGAUGAACAAUUGGACAUCGGAAGCGGUACACGGAUUAGCGCAGACUUACACCGCCAAAGGUGCUUACAAUGUUAUCGGCAUCGAUUGGUCUGAGGCUGGUGGAUCCUCGGCCAACUACAUCGCGGCACGGAUUCGUGUGGCUGAUGUUGCCGUUGCGAUUGCCAAACAGAUUGCCCUGUUGCUGCAGGCUGGUCAACAACCCGACCAGAUUGUCGUCAUCGGCCACAGUCUCGGGGCGCACAUUGCCGGAUUAACGGGGAAACACUUCGCCAGCUCAACGCCACUGGGCGCUGUGAUUGCGCUCGAUCCCGCUGGACCACUGUUUCUGCUGAACAAGCCUGAGGAACGGGUGCACCGGACGGAUGCACAGUAUGUCGAAGUUAUACACACCAACACCGGUCUGUUGGGUCAUCGCGAGGCAUUAGGACAGGCGGACUUCUAUCCGAAUGGUGGCCACGAGCAGCCCGGUUGUUUGACGACCCAGUGUAGCCAUAGACGUGCGAUCAGCUACCUUAGGCACUCACUAGAAAGCCCGAAACCGCUAUAUCUAGGGCGUGGCUGUCCGACGAAGGUCAUUGACGAAUCGUGUAACGGUGCCAUCGCUGUUAUGGGUGGAGAUCUUAACGAUCUAUUCAAGAGAUCAAACAAUGGCUUGUUCUACCUUAGCAUUAAUGAAUGAUCUGAAUGUUACAAAUUAAACUUUCUCGA